CUCUCCCUUUCCUGUCGGCCAUUUGUCGUAUACGGUGGGUCUCUCUCGAGCUCUCGUCUUCAAAACUGUUAAAAUUUGUAGGCGACCACCUGUACAACCUGUAAACAUGCAGAACGACGCUGGUGAAUUUGUGGACCUUUACAUCCCACGUAAAUGCUCUGCUAGCAACAGAAUCAUUGGGGCCAAGGACCAUGCCUCCAUCCAGAUGAACAUCGCUGAAGUUGACAAGGUGACUGGUCGCUUCAAUGGUCAGUUCAAGACCUACGCCAUCUGUGGCGCCAUCCGCAGAAUGGGAGAGUCUGACGACUCCAUCCUGAGGCUGGCAAAGAAUGACUCUGUUGUCGCAAAGAACCUCUAAGUGUGAUGCUGAAGCAGUACAAACUUUGUAAAAAAUAAAAUGGGGGAUGAAAACCAA